CUUUCGGGUUUGAAUUUCCACGUCAAUAUUCCAGAAAAAUAAAGUUUUUUAUGCGGUCUUGUACAUUUUAUGGUUGAAGUUGACAUAACCGAAGGACUACAAGGGUUAUAACGGCUGUGUGUAUAUUAAAUUAAAUUUUUAAAGUUAUUUUUGUGUAAAGACUAUUCAUCAUGAAGAUAUUUGCUCUGAGUAUUCUUCAUAAAGGAGUUAAAGUCACUACUUUGAAAGCAGCAUAUGAUUUAUCAUCGUUUGGAUAUUUCCAAAAGUCAAGUGUACAAGAAUUUAUGAAAUUUACAAGUCAAAUUAUUGUUGAAAGAACACAAGUAGGAAGAGCAUCAGUGAAGCAAGAAGAGUAUAUGUGCCAUGUGUAUGUACGUGCAGAUUCCUUGAGUGGUGUUCUUAUAUGUGAUCAUGAAUAUCCACAAAGAGUUUCCUUUACACUGUUGAAUAAAGUAUUAGAUCAGUUUGCUACCGAGAUCCCACCACACCUAUGGCAAGGAGCAUCAGAAAAAGACGUAAGGUUUGAAGGAUUGGAUGGCACAGUCGCCAAGUAUCAGAAUCCUAAGGAAGCGGAUGCUAUGACAAAAGUUCAAGCAGAAUUGGACGAAACAAAAAUAAUCAUGCAUAAUACAAUAGAAGCUGUUUUACAACGAGGUGAAAAAUUAGACGAUCUUGUUGAUAAAUCUGCAGAUCUCAGUAUGCAGUCCAAGACAUUUUACAAAACUGCACGGAAAACAAAUCAAUGCUGCGUUAUAUUAUAAAGAAUCAAUGUGGAUAUUCAAUGAUGGUAGCUAAAUUCUGAUAGUGUCUGAUACAUGUAUAUUUUAAAUAAAGUAAUUACUUGU